CGGAUACGAACGCUCUGUGACCAAGACAUCUAUCCACAACCACAAUGAGCUCCCAUGACUCGUCUCGCCGCGGCGGAGCGCCAGCUGCCAAGGGAAAGAAGAAAUCCAGUACCCCCACGUCCAAGAAGGAACAAGCACCUGCACUGUCGCCAGCUGGAAAGUCGACACCCCCCGGUUUCACCGCGGCUGCGUCGACAGUGUCGCCAAACACCAAGACUUCCGAUGAGGACAAAUCGCACCAAAAGCGCUUGCUGCGUCAUCGCGCCCUUUACAUCUUCUUGUUCUAUAUGGGUCGUGCCGUCGAAGUCACGUUGACAGACCAGAGCAAGUACACGGGGGUACUCGACUGCAUUGACCCCGACGACUUCACCGUCGUCCUCAAGAACACCCAGCGCGUGACACCUGGCAGCGACCCGUUUGAGACAGGAAGCACGUUUGUCAUCCAAAAGUAUUUGCUCGCGCACAUUACAACGACGGGGCAUCCCAAAGAAGACAACCUUGCCAAUCGAGGACAUGGCCACCCGCAACAGCUUGCUGCAGGGCAAUCCUUCCAAACUGACAGCGACAUUACGAACAACACCAAGGCACACUUGUACGGCCGUGAACUCCAAGCGGCAUCGUCGUGGCUGGACCCUUCAUUCGACAGCGGCGAGUUGGACGCUCGCGGCGGCAAGACCUCGUGGAACCAAUUCGAAGUCAACUCGAAACUAUUUGGGGUGAAAGACACGUACGAUGAAAACUUGUACACGACGAAGCUGGACAAGUCCAAGAUUUCGCACGAGCAAUCGAGGGCCGCCGAGAAACUCGCGCGGGAAAUCGAAUCCCAGACAUCGCAGAACCACCACGUUGCAGAAGAGCGCGGCAACUACACGCACGACUCGAUUGACGAAGAAGCGCGGUACAGUUCUGUGGCCAGGCCAUCAAAGUCCAUUGACAUGCAGUCAAACCUUCCACGCAGCGCCAAUGCAUACAUUCCCCCGGCACUCCGCAAAGCCGAAGAAGCCAAAAUGCCGGUGCCGCUUUCCCCAAAGUCGAAGCAAACCGCCGCCACAUCACCGAAAGCAGUCGUGAAACCUGCGUCUCCCCGGAAAACUGCUCCCCAACCUCCUGUGGAAAACGAGAAAGGGAAUCCGACGUUGCCCAAGGCUGCUGCAGCACCGGUUGCCACCACGGAGAAGAAAGCAGAGAGCAGUGCAUCGUCACCACCAAUUCCUUCAGCUUCAAAGAAGGGCCUGAACCCAAACGCGAAAGAAUUCAAGCUCAACGCGUCCGCGUCUGCGUUCGUGCCGAGUUUUUCGAUCCCGGCCCCCGCGCCUGCCGUUGUGUACCACGCGCCUCCCCUGCAUCCUCAAUACGUUGGCCAUCACCAAGUGCCGUAUGGAGUCCCGUCGCACUACGUCGAUUCAUGGAUGCAUGACACGGUGUACGAUCACGACAUGGAUUCCGACAGCGUGUCUGUGCCGUAUCAUUACGGCACCCAUGUCAUGAUGCAAGGCCCUCCGAUGCACCACCCCCACAUGGACCAGUACCAACCGGGCAUGGUCGAUCCCAUCAUGUAUGGAGGGGGUGGGUACCCUCCGGUCGCUGGUCCAUUCUACCAGCCUCCUCCUCACCACCACCACCACCCAGUCCAAGUUUCAUUUGGAGGGGCCACUCCCCAACAAAGUGGUCGAAAAGAUCAGCACUUUGCCACCCCGCCGCCGCUUCCUCGAUGAGUGCUGCCGCCACCACCCACCUUUGCAAAACCCACCAAAAUAUACCAAAACUUUUCUUGCA